AUGACCUCCAGGACCCCUGUGUGGGUUACAGCCUGCUUGUGUAACUCCGACGGCAACUCAAGACGCCCGCAGCGGGGUGUGAGAAGAAGGGGCAGGCCGCUCCCGGGCUGCCCACGACGGCGGCUGCUCGCUGACAUGAGGCAUCUUCUUCAGCACGUCGCCUGCUUCUUCGCCCUGUGCUCUACGGGCUUCUUGGUGGCAGCCACCUGGACAGACUGUUGGAUGGUGAAUGCCGAUGACUCCCUGGAGGUGAGCACAAAAUGCAGAGGCCUCUGGUGGGAGUGUGUCACAAAUGCUUUCGAUGGCAUUCGCACCUGCGAUGAGUACGAUUCUAUACUCGCGGAGCACCCCUUGAAGCUGGUCGUAACUCGGGCAUUGAUGAUUACUGCAGAUAUCCUAGCUGGGUUUGGAUUUAUCACCCUACUCCUUGGUCUGGACUGCGUGAAAUUCCUCCCUGAUGAGCCAUACAUCAAAGUCCGCCUCUGCUUUGUUGCUGGAACCACAUUACUAAUAGCAGGUGCCCCAGGAAUUAUCGGCUCUGUGUGGUAUGCUGUCGAUGUUUAUGUGGAACGUUCUUCUCUGAUUUUGCACAAUAUAUUUCUUGGCAUCCAAUAUAAAUUUGGUUGGUCCUGUUGGCUUGGAAUGGCUGGGUCUCUGGGUUGCUUUUUGGCUGGGGCUGUCCUCACAUGCUGCUUAUACCUCUUCAAAGACGUGGGACCUGGAAGGAACUACCCUUAUUCCGUGAGGAAGGCCUAUUCGAAUGCAGCUGUUUCCGUGGCCAAGUCCUACGUGGCCCCCCGGACAGAGACUGCCAAAAUGUAUGCUGUGGACACGAGGGUGUAG